AACACGCCUUGUUCCCGUCAACCACUCCCAAAACACACGCGGCUGUCCCACCUUCAAUUUCCUUUCAAUUUCCCACUUCCCCCCAUUAACUCGCUCACACUUUCUCUCUCCCAACACUUUUCUUUUUCGUUUUCCAAAUCUGCAACCCACCACCAUCCCCAUAUAAAAGAAUCCCACAACCCCCACCACUGUCCCAAACGCCAUGUAAAUUCUUUCUUGUUCGCUGGAGAAGAAAGAAGAAGAAAAAUCCUUCAAAUUCUUCCUUCUGGUUUUUGUGGGUCUAAACCGAAUUCUCAAAAAAAAUUUCACAAUUUAAGCUAUGCCGCUUCUUCCAUGGAAGAAGACCGGCGUCAACCGGAUUUCUCGGAUCGUCGCCGAUCUCCAUUCCCCUAAACGCGGUAACUCGCUAGUUGUCGAAACCGGCUUCCCCACUUCUCUCGUAGACCUUUUCGUUAAGAACCGAGAUCGUCUGAGAAAAUCAUCCAAGAAAAAGAAGAAGAAGAAGAAGAGCGGCUCCGAUUUGGAUUCGACGAUUGAUGUCCGUUUGAUCGACGAGAUUACUUCCCGUUCGCGUAUCGUUUCGGAGAAUUCGAGAGUUCGUGGUGUCGGGUUCGGGUCAAAUUGCUGGAAUUCGACCCGCUCCACCCAGGAGGAAGAAGAAGCCAGCCAUGGCGGUGGUGAUGGUGGUGGGCGGAGUGGGUAUGGGUUUGUGGGUAAAUCCAGAAAUCCGAAUCGGGUUUUCGUUGGUGCGUUUGAUGAUUUUGACGACGUCGAUGAAUCUGGCUGUGGCGAUUCCAGGACCGUUUUCUUCGCGGCGUUCAAAGUGUUUUUGAUGGUGGUUUUGGCUUUGAGCACCAAGCAACUCGCUUUUGGAAUCACAUUGUCUGCUUUUGUGCUUCUGUUUCUCGAAUACCUAGGCAAACGAUUGGUUUGCUUCUUCAAACCGUGUUCAAACUCUAAGGUAAAGUUGAAAUCUAUGUUCCAAUGGGUAUUAACCUUGUUUUGGUUCAAGAACAAUUCGUUGGUUCAGAAGGAUUUCGAUGAGGGUGAGAAUUCCAACGCACUGAUCGCAGAAUCCGUUGAUGGGUUCAAAUCAAAUUAUUGUUCUCUGGAAGAAAUUGAGUUAUUGGAACCCGUGAGUGAAAAACAUGAAAAAAUAUCUAAUACAGUUACUGAGUUUCAGUUCUCAAGCCGUGAUAUGAAAUUGGGUAGUUUGGAUAUGGACGAGAACACAAAGGCCGUGGAGGAGAGUGAAGUUUUGGUAGGAAAGAGCAAGCACGCUAGCAAGAGAUCUAAGCUAAAAGCAAAGAUCAAGCGCUUAGUUCCUAGGAGGUUGCGUGGUUCAAGUAAACCGAAAAAGGGUCAGGGGCAUGAUCAUGAUCAGCAAGAAUCCAGCAAUGAAGUUUUUUUGACUCCCUUUGAAGAUGAAAAAUUGGGGAUAUCCAAAGAAGAGAAAGAGCAACACCAGGGGCAUGAACAAGGGCAAGAAAGCGAAAACCAAAACAGAGUGGUAUUUUGUUCACAAACUCAUAUUGAGCAAAAGAAGGAAGAAGAAAAAAAAGAAGUUGAUGGUAGAAGUUCUGGUUUUGAUGAACAAUCAUGGGGUGGCAAGCAAGUUUCAAUGCUUGAUGUAAAGGAAGGAAAAGGUAAGAAAGGGAUUUUGGGUUAUCCAAUUCUGUUUCUGAUCGGACUUGCUGGACUUGUUGGAGGUCGGAUUGUUGCUCUGCUACUCACAAUUGCUUGGUGUUUGAUUUCGAAGUUGAUAGGAACACAAAUAAGGGGCAUAAAUAUGACUCUGUUGAGGUCUUCUGUCACAAUCACAAGUUAGGAAGAUUUGUGGGGAGCUUUGUGUUUUUGCGCUGAUGUUGUUGUUGUUUGUAGUCCUUCUGAUAUAGUGUUCUUCAAGUCUCAGGCUCUAUUGAGAAGAUAAGAGAUUACAGUAAAAAGCCAACUCUUGUGUUGGUUAAACUAAACAAAGGUGUUGUUGUAACCAAAACUGUAAAUUUUUACAUAAUACAAUUUAUAUAGCAGAAUUCUUCUUUGCUGGAAA